AUGGCCACCGACGAACCCUCUCUCACUCGCUGGAGCUUUCUGGAAUUUAAAACGUUUUAUGAUGCCAAGUUUGGGAGGAAGAAGCUGCCUGAGGAAUCACUCAACGGUCAACAAGAAGAUGGAUCAUCGAGCAACAAGGAAGAGCCUUCCCAAGUCACCAAUCCAGUUCAGGAGGGUAAUAACACUAACACAGGCUUGGUCAAUGGGAUUCGCGAGAAGCCGAAAAAGUCCAUGUUUCCUCCGUUUGAAUCUGCAGAAACCCGUGCUCUUGCUGAGAGUUUGAGUAGGGAUAUCAUCCGCGGGAAUCCAAAUAUCAAGUGGGAAAGCAUCAAGGGUUUGGAGAAUGCGAAACGGUUGCUGAAAGAAGCUGUGGUGAUGCCUAUAAAAUACCCAACGUACUUCAAUGGUCUACUAUCUCCAUGGAAAGGAAUCCUUCUUUUUGGUCCACCUGGUACUGGAAAGACAAUGCUUGCAAAGGCUGUUGCGACAGAGUGCAAUACAACAUUCUUCAAUAUCUCAGCCUCGUCUGUUGUCAGCAAAUGGAGAGGUGAUUCUGAGAAGUUGAUAAGAGUGCUGUUCGAUCUAGCUAGACAUCAUGCACCUUCGACGAUAUUUCUUGAUGAAAUCGACGCGAUCAUAAGCCAACGUGGUGGCGAAGGCCGCAGUGAACAUGAAGCAAGCAGGCGUCUCAAAACUGAGCUGCUCAUUCAGAUGGAUGGGCUACAGAAAACGAAUGAGCUCGUAUUUGUUUUAGCAGCAACAAAUCUCCCCUGGGAACUAGAUGCAGCUAUGCUCCGGCGUCUAGAGAAAAGAAUACUUGUACCUUUACCGGAUCCGGAAGCAAGAAGAGGAAUGUUCGAGGAGCUCUUGCCGUCACAACCGGGAGAUGAGCCAUUGCCUCAUGAUGUGCUGGUUGAGAAAUCUGAGGGUUACUCUGGUUCAGACAUCAGAAUACUUUGUAAGGAAGCUGCAAUGCAACCAUUGAGACGCACAUUGGCUAUAUUGGAAGACACAGAAGAACUGGUGCCUGAAGAUGAGUUGCCAAAAGUGGGACCAAUCCUACCGGAAGACAUUGAUCGAGCUCUAAGCAAUACUCGACCAUCGGCUCAUCUGCACGCCCAUCUCUACGACAAGUUCAAUGAUGAUUAUGGUAGCCAAAUUCUCAAGUAG